UUUGUGGGAGCCUUUUGAUUUGAUGCUUCCGCAAUGACCAAAUUCACGACCCCCAGCUCCUCUCCUUAGCCGAUUCCUACUCAUACAAGACAAAAAAAAUGAAGGGUUUUCUGUUUGCUGUGUAGGUGGCUUUGGAUGGAGAAUUUCGAAGGCGAUUUGAGUGAUAUUGUGAGAGGAGGAGGAAGAAGUAGUUGUAGUUGUUAUGGAUGCAAAUCAGAAGACGUUGACCACCAACCCUUUUGCCCAUCAGAACAAUCUUGGAAAUUUUCAUCUAAAGUGUUGGAAGAAGAAGAAGAAGAAGAAGAAGAAGAGGAUGAAUUCAGUUUCGGGGAUCCCUUUUGUGGUGCAGCCAUCAGAGAUCCACUUGUUGAGGACAGAGGAAGUGUGUUUGGUGUGGAUGAAGAUGAUGAGCUUAUCAAAACACCCUCCAACGUAUUCUCACGCAUGCUUCACAUCUCUCCACCGACACCAACACUUACUUCUUCCCCUUCUAAUUUCCUAAUUCCUUCUCCCCUUCACAUCUCUUCUCCUACCAAGCCAUGGAAGAGGCAAGCAAGGAAGGUGGUGUGUGUUCCUGCUCCAGUGGGUGGCGGCAGCGGCAGCAGCAGCUGCAGCAGGCCAAAUGGGGAAGUUAUUCCUUCUGAUCUGUGGGCUUGGAGGAAAUAUGGUCAGAAACCCAUUAAAGGCUCUCCCUAUCCUAGGGGGUACUACAGAUGCAGCAGCUCAAAGGGUUGUUCAGCCAGAAAGCAAGUGGAGAGAAGUAGAACAGAUCCCAACAUGCUGGUGAUUACUUACACAUCCGAGCACAACCAUCCAUGGCCAACUCAGAGAAACGCUCUAGCAGGCUCGUCAAGGUCCCAACACUCCAAACACAAUUCUUCUUCAAAGCCCUCUCCCGCUACGCCUCAAAACCCAACAACAACAACAACAACAAUUCAAGAUCACAAGGAAGAUCAAACCAAGAAUGAAGCAACAAGAUCAUCGCCAUCAUCAUCAAAUAACAAGGUUAAGGAAGAAGUUGUUGAGGAGAUUGAGAAACAGUUUGAAACAGAAGAGCAUCAUGAAUUGAGCGAAGGGUUUCAAUAUAGGGUGCCUGCAAUGGGAAGCAAUACCACCAACAACAAUCAAAGUGAUGAUUUUUUUGCAGAUUUGGAAGAAUUAGACACCCACUCUUUAACCCUCUUCUUCACUCAACCCCACAAAUCAGAGCAAUGCAAAGGGGGCGGUGGGUUAGACGACGUCGUUGCAUUCAAUCCUCCCUUUGAUUGGCCACCACCUCAAAACAACAACAAUUCACAACUUCCAUGAAGAUCCUCAAUUCACAAAUUCCUUUUUUUGUUUCCUCCAAGUAAAUUAUAGGUAUCUGGGUACAUUUCUACAGUGCCAAAGAAAAGGAAAAGAAACAAAAGUAUAUAGGUUUGGAUAUUGGAUUGAAGAAUAAAUUUGAAUGAAGCAGACGAGUGUUAGUGCUA